AGCGUCGUUUUCUAUGCUUGCCAAGGACCGAAGCAUCCACCUCUGCAGCCUGCACCUCCCCACCCUGUAAAACUCUCAACAUAAAAGUGCGUCGCCCUGCCCUUUCUUCCUCUUCCAAGGAGAACAACCACCGCCUCUCUCCCCCGUCUAUCUCUUCUUGGAGCCUGGAGAAGAGGAAGGAUCAGGGAACGGGGGAAGAGGUUGCUGCCACAGCUCAGGUCUCAAGUUUGGAUUCAGACAAGUAGACAAACACCAGUUGGUUAAGAUGGCAGCUGGUUUCCAGAUCGGUGUGAUCGGGUCACUUGCACUCUCUGUUGCAUCUUCAGUUUCCAUUGUCCUCUGCAACAAAGCUCUCAUCAGCACACUUGGUUUUCCAUUCGCUACAACAUUAACAAGCUGGCAUCUGAUGGUGACCUUCUGCACCCUCCAUGUGGCACAGCGCUUACGUUUCUUCGAGCCCAAGGCAAUUGAUGGACAGACAGUCAUACUCUUUGGGUUGCUGAAUGGCACGUCAAUUGGUCUUCUCAAUCUGAGUUUAGGAUUCAACUCCAUUGGAUUCUACCAGAUGACAAAAUUGGCGAUCAUACCUUUCACUGUGCUAUUGGAGACUAUCUUCUUGAAGAAAAGAUUCAGCGAGAGUAUCAAGCUUUCUCUUCUGGUCUUACUUCUUGGAGUAGGAAUUGCUUCAGUUACUGAUCUCAAGCUAAAUCUGCUUGGGUCCAUCCUUUCUGGCCUCGCCAUUGCCACCACCUGUGUUGGCCAAAUUCUCACAAAUACAAUACAGAAGAGGUUGAAGGUCUCCUCAACGCAGCUUCUGUACCAAUCUGCGCCUUACCAGGCGGCAAUUCUGUUUGCAUCUGGGCCUUUUGUAGAUCAACUCCUUACUAACCGGAGUGUCUUUGCACACAAAUACUCUGCUACAGUUCUGGGUUUCAUUGUCCUCUCUUGCUUGAUUGCGGUGUCUGUGAACUUCAGUACAUUUCUUGUGAUUGGAACAACAUCCCCAGUGACGUACCAGGUGCUUGGUCACCUUAAGACAUGUCUGGUUCUAUCAUUUGGCUACACUCUAUUACAUGAUCCUUUCACUCUAAGGAACAUAUUGGGCAUUCUAAUUGCCAUAUUUGGGAUGGCACUAUACUCCUAUUUCUCUGUAAGAGAGGGCAAGAAGAAGUCAGCAAAUGAUGCCCUGCCAGUUUCACAGCUACUCUAAGUACACAAUAAAACCAGCAGUCUACCAUCAGCUCGGAAUCAGUCCCAAUUCCAAGGUGAAAGAAAUGGAGGAUAAACUAUUAUGCCUCGGUUGCUCCAAGUGGAUUCAUUUAUGCAGAAUUGGUCAACGUCACCAUGUAUCAUCUCAACUGAUUGCAUGAAAUGUGUUGAUAUGAACAUAUUUCAGGCAGCCUACUAGCAAGCUGCUACCUGUAAUAGUUCAGAUACUUCAUGUGUCUUGUCCACUAGCUUGAAACCAGCUAGACACGAAUAUGUGGCACUUCAAACAGGUGUAACCUGCCAUCAGCUGUUGUUUUCAAAACUAGAUUACAACAGAAAUCAUUACAGAGUUUGAGGGGCAGCAGAAGAACCUGCCAUCAGCUAUGAAACAGCAGAGUCAACUUCAGUAGCUUCCUACUAUGUAUUCAGUCCAACCGCAACAUAAAGACAUUUAUCUCAUGUAGAAUAGUUCAACUCGUGAGUCGUGACUGAACCA